ACACCAUGGUUUAAAGUUGUGCAGAGUUUACCAAAUAAAAUUUUACUUGUGAAAACAAAAUGUAUUUAUAACAAGGUAUUGUGAGAUUGAUAUCUGAAAACCUGAUUUAUUAAAAAGUCAGAUAGUAACCUAAAGUAAAAGUUUUCUGAAUGUUUUAAUUCAUGAUACUUCAUUGUUUAUAAUUUCCUAACCUCUAAGAAACGUGUUUCCCGCCAAAAUUAUUUUUUUUUAGUGUUUUAAAUUAAAAUUAAAAAAAACAUGGCUGAGAAGGCAAAAGAAAAUGAGUUUGUAUUAAGACCAAUAAAUUGUGAGAUGAAUCAGCUUUCUAUGCCUGAUGGAUCAGCUAUGUUAAUGCAAGGUGAUACUGCAGUCAUCGCUGGAGUGUAUGGACCUGUAGAAGCAAAGCCACAGAAAAUGAUUUAUGAUAAGGCUUUCGUUGAAGUAUCAUACACUCCUAUUAAAGGACCUGCUAAGGUGGAUGACAGAAUGACAGAAAUGUAUAUAAAGGAAACUUGUGAAACUGCAAUAAUUGUGACCUUUCAUCCAGCAACGGCUAUAUGUAUCAAUAUACAAGAGUUAGAGGAUUCUGGAGGGUUGUUAGCUUGCAUAAUUAAUGCAGCCUGUUUGGCUCUUAUUAAUGCUGCAAUUCCAAUGAAAUUCACUAUUGCGGCAGUCAGCUGUAUGAUAGAAGAAAGUACUGAUAAUAUUAUAUUGGAUCCUGAUAACACCCAAUUAGAGGAUGCCAGAGCAGAAUUUACCUACGCAUUUGAUAGCAUGAAGAAGGAUGUUAUAUGCUGUCACACAGUUGGUCAGUUUACAGAAGCAGAAUUUUUUGAAACCAUAGACAAGUGUAGACAAGCUAGUCAACGUAUAUUUGAUUUUUAUAGGAAUCUUGUAAAAAAGUAUGCAAAUGUAAUAUAACCCUUACAUAUUUUUCUGAAAUAUAUUUUCUAUUUUUUACUAA